AUGUGCAUACACACAUUUGAAGAAAGCUCGGCAGGGAAGAGAAAGUGCAUAAAGUUCUUCGGAGAAACUCUGGUAAAUAUAUAUAUGUGCUCUAUAAAGUCAAUAAAAGCAAAAUGUCAGUUGAAACAUGAAAAAUCCAUGGGAUUAUGGUUGCCAUGCAAGAGCAUACUGACCGUUCUUCUCGAUUUUGCACGUCUUUCCUUCCUGAAAAUAUUGCUAUGA